GAUCGAAGGCGCAUGGCCGGGAAUGCCCUGGGGGGGACUGCGUUUCUGAGAAGUGCCCCACAGGUGGGUCGCUGGGUUGGUUAUCUGGGCUGCCAUUGGGACCAUCCUUCAGGACGGACGACUUCCUCGGAGGAGGUCCGUCGGUGUGACAAAAGUAUGGAGAGACACGGGCCUUUUUCUUUUUCUUUUCUAGAUUUUUUCUUUUAUAUUGGGAGCUUUGGACCCUAACAGGAUUCUGUUGUGUUUAUCAACGGGGCUGUUGACAAAGGAAACUGAGCUAGUCUUGGCUGUGGGUCUGACCCAAACUCAUGAAUGGGCAUUUCCACCCGGUCCUGGCUCCCCAUGUGUGAGAAGGAGGCUCCUCCCUCGUUCCCAAGGUGUUCUCACAGCAGGCUGGGAGCAUUACUUCUCCAUGUGACAAGUUCUUUCCGGCCUGGCCUGGGACAUGGAGCUGGACCCUACCGCAGAGGGAAUACUUUGCUUCCCUGGUGCUUUGGACAUAAAUGUGCCACUACCCUCCCUGGGCUGACAGUACCUGCCUUCUGAGCACACGGUCGAAUCUUCCCAAGCGUGGCCUGUACCCCUGGGCGGCACCUGGCACAGAAGAGCUGUUUGUUCCACCUUUGCCGAGCGAGUGGCCAAAUCCUCCCUUUCUAGGCCCCCCGGCCAGCCCUGCUCCAAUACCCCAGCCCCUCACGGGUGACCAUACGUUACACACAUUUGGAUAAAUCACAUCCAUCUGUGGUGCCUCGCUUCUCUGAUGACCCCGGCUUAGAAAAAUCGAGUGCUGUGCGUUGCUGUGUUUGGCGUUAGCCUUCAGCUAUCUUGAACUUAUUUUGUAUUUAUUUCAUAUUUUGUUUGGGUAGGCGUUUGAAGAAGUCUUAGAAUCACAGGCCCUUGUGUUCCUCAGUGCCAAGGCCAGGCUGGGGAAGCAGGCAGUGCAGCUGGGUCUGGGAAUAUAAGCAAACUGAUCCUGAAAACCAACGAGGGCAGCCGGGCAGCAGGAGCAGAAGUCUCCAGAACUUGGUCUGUGCAAUCGCUGAGCUCAGCUUCAGGUGGUGGCCUGAGAGGCAGGGCACAGAAGCCUGAGGGUGAUGGCGGUUGCUGCUGGGUUUUAGGACUACGAGAAACAGCCUAUCAGUCAGGGUUAGAAUUCCUUCUCUUCCAUUUACUAAGCUGUGUGACCUUCAGCCAGUGGCUUAACCUCUCUGAGCCUGUUUCCUCAUCUGUGAAAUGGUGACCACAGCAUCUUCCUUGAAAAGUUAUCUUGAGUGUUAAAUCAGACAGUGCACUGAACAGGCCUAGCACGGUUCUAGCACGUGCUAGAUGAUCCAUUAAUGGAGUUUUAUCUCGAUAGCCCGAGCAACCGUUUUGGUUACUGGUCCUGGUGAUUUCAUUCUGGGGUGUGUCAGCCCUGUGCUCUGCCAGCCAGCAGCCCCAUUUUUCAUUCUGCCUUUUACCACCUUCCCCAAAGCAAGACACCAUGCCUACCACACACAAGCGACACGGCGGGCCUCUCUCCUUGGUGAUGCGAGGAAGCUGUGGGUCCAGAGGCCAGCUGGAGCAAGGAGGCACUCCGGGAAGGCUCAUCACUCAUGUACCCGGCGGUCAGCUGACCUAGGCUCAGCUCACAUGGGCGGACGGGCUCUUCUCCAUGAGCCUCUCGACCUCCUCCGGAGAGACAGUGGACUCACCUGGGUGUGUUCUCGUGCUGGUGAUGACAGAGGACAAGAGGCAAGCCCAGGUGCACAAGUGCUUUCCAGACCUUCAGCUACAUCACGUACACUAACACCAAGGCAAGACGCGUGGCCAGACUCAAAGUCAAGGGGCAGGAUGUCAGGAGUUUUGCAAGUAUUAAGCCAAAAGCCCUUUGAGUGGUUCACCACAAGAAGUCCUUAUGUCCAUAAGAUAUAUGGAGAAUUUCCCCUUUUUCCUCUCUUAUUUCUUCAUCACGACUGGGGGAACUGAGUCCUCAGCCUAAUGGCGCGUCUCCAGAAUUUCCAUGUGCCACUUCAUCCCGGGCUGUCUAGUCCCGAAGGGUGACGAGGACAACUCAUGCCAUUUAUUCCAUUAACUUUCCAAUGGUCCUAAAAUCAACCUAGCCCUUGAAAUUUGCAGAGCCCACAGGGUAAAUGGUAUACCUUGGCAAGCACCCAUGACACCAGGCAAAGGCAAUGUGGUUACUUCUGUUGUCUGGCUCAGCCGACAACAGUGAUGUCUGUUAGAGUAGGUGAGCUCAUGGGCAUUGCCCACAGUUUCCAAAGUCCGUUGCCUCACUUUGAGAUCACAGUCUGAACCCCUGACCUUGACCAGCGCUUCCCAGACGUGUGACCAAAGCCACCAGAAGGAUCGAGGCUGGCUUGGGUCAGGUCCACUACUCCUGUUGGAUAAAUACCUCAAGCUCUCACCGCCUUCCUGGGGCUGAGUCACCGGAAGCCACCUUCCCCACUUGGAAAGGGCAGCAUGUGGUCAAUAUUAUUCUGGACACAGGUUCCCCCACCCAAGCCCCCUCCGUGAACCCUGGCCCACGAGGGUUCUUGGAACCAUUGGAAAAACAGCAUGGCAAAAGUGACACUGACCCUAUGUGGUCAUCAAGUGCCCUUUGGCUGGUUGGCCUUCUUAGCCAUGCCGAGGAGCGUGGGCUUUCCCCGAGAGCCCUGGGGAGACACUGAAGGAUUCUCGGUAGGAGACAGGCAAGAGCAGAUGUGCGUUUCACGUGGUUCUCAGGCUGCAGCCUCAGCUCUACACCCGAGGGGAGCUCCCCGGAGACUGGAGACUGGCGGGGAUUACAGGGUGAUAAUCAUGGCUUGGGCGAAACUCACAGCAAUAAGGGGAAAGAGAGAGGGAUGAAUUCACAAGAUAUUUGUCAGAUCUAGGCAAGCGAUCAGAUGUGACAACAUUCAGUACACGGGCCUGGACAGCUGGAGGCUGGUGGUGCCAUUUGCCGGAGAAGGAGCAGGGCUGGUUUGGGGUAAAACCUGAGUUUGGUUUUUGGACACAUUGAGACUGGGGCAUGCAUGACCCCUAAACAGAAGUAUUGGUAAGUAACUUGGUAAGUGAUUGGUAAGUGACUUCCCAGAAAUGCCCAGAACCCUCCCUCCCUUUCUCUAGCAGAUAUUUGUUGAGUACCUACUCUAUGCUACUGGACAUUAUUUUAGACCCUCAGCGAAAGAGGAGUCAUGCAGGCAACCAGAUAUAACCUCAAAUACCUUCGUGGUAAAGCCUCCCCGCAAACUGAAACAGGAAUCGAAAUUCGGAGCCAGCCAUCAGACAAAGCUUAUCGUUUGCCAAACCGGCAGUCAAAUGGUGACCGAAGGAAACUCUCGAGGGGCAAGAUAUGAUAAGACAGAUUAAUAGGCUAUGUGUUUCACAAAUUCAGAAAAUUUUCUCUGAGACCUCGAAGAACAAGCCUGUCCAAAGCAGGGAGGCAGACGUGAUUCUCGAAUGUCUGGGCUCCAGAUGGGAACUCCAUCAGCCCCAGCUUUUCCAGUCCGAGACCUUGAGCAAGCUCUACCUGAUGGCGCUGGCCCAGAGCACCAAGAGGCCCACAAAGGAACUGGAGAGUCUUCUGCGAGCUCAGCUGCCUGGGAAGAUCAAGGAAAGACCCCCCACGAAGAAGAUGAUCAUUUCCCUGAAGAUCAAUGACCCCGUGGUCACUAAAGUUGCCUUCGCCAUGGCCCUGAAGAGCCUCUACCUGAGCCAGGUGGAGAUGAACGUCAACGACGUGCUGGCCGUGCUGGCUUCUGCACACGUUCUCCAGUUCAGCAGCCUGUUUCAAAGGUGUGUGGCCAUGAUGAUGAAGGGACUCACGCCAAGCACCGUCAAGAGCUUUUACCUGGCCGGCUGCAAGUACAAGGAAGAGCAGCUCACCACGGCCUGCGAGAAGUGGCUGGAAAUGAACUUGGUCCCUCUGGUAGGGACACAGAUCCACCUCCGGAAAAUCCCGCAGGAGCUGCUUCACAGAGUGCUGCGGUCCCCCAGGUUGUUCACUUUUAAUGAGUUUCAUCUUUUGAAAACGCUACUUUUGUGGGUCUUCUUGCAACUGAACCCCAAAGUGCAGACAGUUCCUGUGCAGGAAACGGUGCUGGCAUUUUUUACCAGAGAAGGAGAUUGGAGCUCAGGGAGGCUCAGUCACGUGACUGAUGGCCAGCUGGUCCAGGACCGGAAGCUAGUCCAAGCUCACGGAAGCAUGAUUAGACAACGGAUGAGCAGACUCAUGACCUCCUUCUCCAGGAAGUAUUCCUUUCUGGAUCAGGACACGGGACAGAGCUUGGUGCCACUUUUCCUUUGCCUGCGCCUGCACGGCAUCAUCAAAGGCAAAAAUCUGGAGGAGUUAAGGCACAUUAACUUCUUCCCGGAGUCCUGGCUGAUCCGGGUUACAGCCAACCAUUACCACGCACUGGAGAGUGGGGGUGACAUGGCCCACGUUAAAGAUCUUACCACCCAGGCUGUGAGAUUCGGGCUGCUCUUUAACCAGGAGUAUACAACUCAUUCGGAAGUGAUCGCCAUAUACGGAUUCUUCUUUGAGAUAAAGGGAGUCAGACAUGAUACUACCUCUUACAGUUUUUACAUGCAGAGAGUGAGGCACAGUGACGUGGUCUGCGAGCACAGCCCCGUCAGCCUGAGGGCGGAACGCCUGGUGAAGUACGAGAUCAGAGCCCAGACCCUGGUGGACGGCCAGUGGCAGGAGUUCAGGACCAACCAGAUCACCCAGAAGUUUGGGUUCUCCAAGCCGUCCUGCAAAAGCCACGCCUUGAAAAUCCACACCGUGGGCCUUCCAAUCUAUGCAAGUUUUUCAUUCAUCUUCCCAAUGUCUUGACAGUUUCCAGAAGAACCUGUGGGAUUUUUCUUUCUUUCGCCAGGGUCUACAUAAAAGAAAAUAAAACCGCGUUAAAGGGA